AUGUCUAGAUCAAAGCAACCUCUUGCUAUAAAAAAAGCAGAAGAAGAAGAAGAUCUAAUAGAAGAUGUUUUGAUUGAUGAUUGUAAUAAUUUCGUCGGUCUGAAAGUAACAUAUGGCUCAACCCAAGUUACCAACCGUUGUCGCCUCACCUCCGAUCAAACCAACGACAGACCAAUAGUUGAAAUUAGAGGAGAUGCCAAUUCCUUUUACACCCUGGUCAUGGUGGAUCCUGAUUCACCUAGCAGAGAUAAACCAACUGAGAGGGAACAUUUGCUCUGGUUGGUAGCCAAUAUUCAAGUAGGGGGAGCAACCUUCGGAGAAGAGGUUGUCCCAUAUGAAGGUCCAUUUCCACAUAGAUGGAUUCAUCGAAUUGUAUUUGUGCUAUUUCGUAUGAAAAGUGGACGCAUUGUGAAAGCUCCAGAAAAGCGCACAAAUUUCAAUACUACCGAAUUUGCUGCGAAAUAUGAAUUACAAGAUGUUGCUGGUGUGUUUUUCAACAGCAGAAGGAGGGGAUAA